AUGCAGAUGGUCCCCCCGGCGGCCCACUUCGAGAACCCGUUCCGCAUCCUUCUGGACCCGGGACAGUACUUCUUCAUGCAGACGGCGGGCCACCAGGAGUUCGGAAUUCUUGUCCCGUAUCAGGAGGGCUUCACGUUGGUCCCAUUUCAGAGCCAGUUGUCGUUAAGUUCCCGGCGCUCUAAGGUUUCGGCGUUGGACUCACGACCGUCGGUGUCAGUUCUGGCCAGGGUCAGGGUCGGACCGUCGGUACCGGUUCUGGUCAGGGGAGUCGUAGGCACUAAGGCCAGGUCUGCCGCCGAUGCCAGCGCCGGUCUCUUCAACGGUGACCGCGUCUCUGGACGGUCGGUCGGGGACGACACGUCUGGUGACCAGUCAGCUUUCCGCUUCCGUCCCGGAGUCUAUACUCGUGCGCCGUCAUCGUCUUCCAACGGGACCAGACCCAUGGCCAGAGGCUUCUUUCGUAGUAGGCGUUCGCUGUCCAGGAGUCCAAACUCCGGGGCAUCUCCCACCAGACGACGUGAUUGGCGCACCGCUGUCGUCGUGAGUUCUUCUGUCGACAUCUUUCCUUUCUUCUUCCGCGCUUCCUUUGCAAACACCUACCCUGCUGCUGCCGCGGCCGAUCCAGGUGUUCAUGCCUACGUGAAUCGACUGUUAAAGAGGAUUGCCGUAUCGUCGGGGCUAACGCACGAACUGACGUCACACAACUUUCGACACGGAGAUGCCCAGCAUGCCAAUGGUCACAGCUGCUUGAAAGACAAAAAGAUUGCAAAGAUGUUGAGCGGCAGGACUCCUACCGGCAAUGUUGUCGUACCUGACCUUUCAACACUCGAUCCGGCAUCCUGCUUUGCUGUCGUUCGUGUCCAAGCUGUGGCCUUCCAAAACUGUGUUGGGCUGGCACACCCCAAUUUGUUGAUCAAGCCGGCGGUGCUAGAAAUAUUAAUGGCGAAGUUAUUGUGGCACUUACCUUUCUUGAUGCAAUCGUGUCCCCAUGGUCCUGCUAUGGCGAGGCUUGCGCAAGCGGCAAACGCUGCUGGUUUCACCGUUGGAAAUCAUUUGGCGUGGGCGGCAUCCAUUGAGCGGCCACAAGAAGCCGUGGUCGAAACACCGCACCAAGAGCUAGGUACACGUGCGAACGACACCAUUGCGCAGCAACAAGCCGUGAUCCACGAACUAGUUGCCAUCAACAAGGCACUUGGCCUACGUGUCGCUGCCGUUGAAGCACACGUCGGUAUUGGUGCGGCUCCAGCACCUCCCAUCGCCAUGCCAUCGCACGAAGACGAAGCCACUGUCCCAUCGAAACGCCACAAGGCAGCCGCCACGUCCUUGGCAGACUUGUUGUUCGAGUGGUACGCUCGAGAUCCCCCUAUGUGA